UCAUCAAAGCAGCCAGACAGGUGGGGGGCCACACAGAGGGGGGUCGCGGGCCGCCAGUUGGACAGCCCUGCUAUAGAGCAUAAGGUCCAACCAGUUGAUAAAUGAGGGGCUACACUCAUGGGUAAAACUUAAGUAAGUAAAAAGUAUUAGAAUUCAACACAUAUACACCACUUUUCCAAAUAAACAAGAGAUUGUCUAUAAAGUGGACAUACAUGACUCGAUAGCGCAAACCCCAAACAAAUUAAUUUUCCCACUUGGCUAUGUACAAAUUGGUGAAGGAUGGGGCAAACUUACUUCCUAUCACCAAUACAGAGCCCUAUGAAACGCAUUGGAAGCCAGGACCUGUCUACAUCUUCUCCUUUGAUACUUUUACCGCUUGCACUUUUAUCCAUUUUGGGAGCAGACAUCUGUUUUAACUAUUUAUACAUCAUUAAAAGCUUUAAUGCACAAUGGUAUCUUUUAUUGGUUAUCCACACAUCGAUUGAAUGGAUUGCCACUGCUGAAAUGCUGAGGGAUCAAGCUGGUUUUUGGAAAGCACUCCUUAACAUUGUGCUUGUUAGUAUAUAGGCGGGAGGGGGAGCACUGUGCUGGACCCUUGCCUGAUACAUAUGCACAUAUCCUGCUAAUUAGUAACAGGAUUCUGGAAUCUUGUAAUUAUACCAGUGGUAAUACGCUGUGGAAGUUUUCCCUUGCUCUCUCUCAUUUUAACCAUCAUUUAAUAAGUCAAAUUGUUAACUAGAGGGCUCAUUUACAUCCACACAUGCAGUUGCGGUUCCUGCAAUUUACCCACAGUCUUGUGUGUGUCAAACCACUUAGAACAGUAUUCUAAAUCGAGCACUGUUGUGCCUAUUGACACAGGGGAACCCUAGAACUAUUGCCAUCUCCUGGCCAGGCUGCAGGCUGUGGCUUCAGUGUUCCCUUAGUGCCCAGCAUCAAUAGUUGGACGCAAGUCUAAAGAAUGCAAUACACCAGAAGUGACACCAAUUGUAUUCAUGCAAUCCAAUUUGAAUCAAAAUGUGCUUAAAGUUGUGGUCAUUAUGACAAAUCAGGAGCUAAUUGUGGUGAACACACCGCUUCCUUGUGACCACAAUGACACUAGAAUUAUGGGAAUAAAUGCUGCAUUUUGUUAAAAAGAAACAAGCAAUUGCACUAGCAAGUACACUUUGCUUACUGCACUCAUAAAUAAUGUCUUUAUUGAAGGAAAAGGUACAAUCACUGGAGGGGGGGGGCACGCCCAGACCAGGUUUCUAAAUGGGCCUUGGCAUUUUGAAUACACAGAGAGCCAAACGGCACCCCCACCAACCCAAUAAAUAGUUACUGUCUAUGGCAUCUUACAGCAGCCCCUCUGGCAUUUGCCAGAACCCAUAGAUUGCCAGUGUGGGCCUGCUGGGGGAUGCCACAUUGCUAGAUAACCCAGUUUAGGCCUGUUGUUAAAAACCAUUGAGAGGUAUGGAUAGGUGUACAGUAAUAAACUUCCCUAAGUUUUUCAGAACCUUGUGAAUUACAGGCCCAAAAGUGGCCAGGCUUUGGGAACAUUUUGCCUCCCACUUUUUUAUAUUAUAAGGUUGGGAGGUAUGCUAUGAAUAAGGAGAACUGAUAUCACAGAAGGCAAAAUAGGAGGAGUAAAGGAGAGAAGAUUCAGAUCACUAUCUGAAAAUAUAAUUAUAAUCUAGAGCAAAUAGACGGCUAAACAGACCAAACCUUUCUAUCCCUGUGCUGGUUCCCAGCCCAAAUUAUAUGGUUGUUUUGGAUUAAUGUAUCUCCAAGUCCUGCAUAAUGCAUUAGCUCUGGGCUCUCCCACUGACACUGUGCUAAUUCUUAAUGAGGCACUGCCAGCUAUAUAGCAGACUCUUUGUGGCAAUACAUUUGGUGUCUGUCAUAGUCUGGAGUCCUAAAUUAACCCUUUUCUAUAUUUCAGGCUUGUUUUUUACAUGAUUUUCAUACCCCUAUGUAUAAAAUCUUAUACUAAUGAAUGUGUAUUUCUCACAUUUUCUAAUUAAAAAAAAUAAUGGAAUACUGCUGGGAAUAAAUGAAAACACAAGCCAAAGCCUGGGAUAGGCAGUGAAGAGGUUAAUUCUACAGAAAGGGGGAAGGGCCAUUCCAGAUCAGGAUCCACUGGGAUUCUCCUUUUAUGCCUGUUGGCCAGUCCCCUGUAAGUGCCUUAGAUUGUAGAUGUGCCGGUUCCAUAGAUUCAACAUUUGUACAGGGUCAUUUUUCUCCUUUGGAAAAACAGAUUUCCCAGGAACAUGUGAUGCCACUUACAGCAGAUUUGACCAGCACCGAAUGGGUUACAGAGCAGUCAUCUUAAUUAAUCCUGUGGAUGUUGGACACGCUACGUGUGCAUGGCGCUGGCCACAUCUUCCGUAUCAGAGGACUCGGUCCAGCUGCGAAUAUUUAAGAUCAUCGUAAUUGGUGACUCAAAUGUGGGCAAAACAUGCUUAACUUUCCGGUUCUGCGGGGGCGGCUUCCCAGGAAGCAGUGAAGCCACCAUUGGGGUGGAUUUCCGUGAAAAGACAGUGGAAAUUGAUGGUGAGAAGAUAAAGGUCCAGGUUUGGGACACAGCUGGUCAAGAAAGAUUUCGCCACAGUUUGGUGGAACAUUAUUAUCGGAAUGUCCACGGAGUUGUCUUUGUCUAUGAUGUAACCAAGCUUAGUUCCUUUCACAACCUUCGCACAUGGCUACAGGAGUGUGAGGGCCAUGCCGUGCCUGCCUUAGUGCCACGAGUUCUUGUUGGCAAUAAGUGUGAUCUGCUGGAACAAGUGGAGGUCCCUUCAGGUCUGGCCUUAAAUUUUGCCAAAGCCCAUAAAAUGGUUCUUUUUGAGACUUCAGCAAAAGACCCUUCACAGGCCAAGAAUGUGGAAAAAAUCUUCAUGUCCCUUGCUUGCCAGCUGAAAGCCCAAAAAUCCUUGCCAUACAGAGGAAGUAACAGGCCACACAGUUCCAAUGAAAGAGAGGUAGCAGGGGUUGCAAAAAACAUAUGUCCAUGCUGAGACGAUAUUGGGAAGAUGGACUCAGUUGAAGCCUCCUUGCACUCAGUAGUGUCUGGGAAAUAACUCCCAGAUUACAGUAUAUUGCUUUAGAAAAUAGUCAGCAGUCCUAACAGAAACUAAAAUUCAGUGUGCUGCAGAUAGGAAGUGGCUUUCAUUUUUCCCAGUUUCCACAGUACAGAUGUGCCAGUUUGGAAGAAAUCACUAGACCAUUUAGCCAUGAUGAACAAGCAGAAUAAUGGAAUUAACAGUGAGACUGAAAUCUUUCAGCUACAUAAUGAGCUUGGCUGGUUUUCUAUAAUAAGAGGCUAAAGGUCAAUUAAAAUACUAAUUCUCCUAAAACAAUUACUCUUAAUUAACUACCAGUUUUAUUAUAAUCCUUAUUUUACCUCCUAUAAUACACGACUUGUAUUUUUAUCCCUUUCUUAGUGCUCCUCCUCCAUUCUAUUUGCAGUAUUUAUUGUAGGAAAUGCAGGUGGAGGAAACAAGGAGAUCUAAUUGUUGGACUGCAGUAUGUAUAGUGAUAGAAAGAGUUUUAUAUUAUGAGGAACACCCUUCAACUAAAACAGAAUGAUUAGUCAAUAUAAUUCAAGAUGGAAACAGCUAGCUAAACAGGAAGCUGUUGCUGUGUUCCAGUUGGUUACAUAGAUCCCAGUUUAUAGCCACAGACUGGCUACCCACAGCAGGGGUCUGGGUGCAAUGUAAGUGCAGAAGUGGAAUCUGUAAAUGCAGUGGGAACCAAGACCUUUACAGUGAGUAGAUUUUAUUAAAAAUAUAACCAAGCAUUCUAGCCUGAAUGAGUUUCUGGGAAAAAUUACAUAAUUUCUUAGACCAUCAGAAUCACUGAAAAAUAGUUGAUUUGGGGCCCUAUCAGGCCACUUCAAGUGUAGUGUUUUUUACAGAUAAACAUACAGAGCUGUUUGUAUUGGAUUAAAUAGGGCAGGCCAUGGACUUUGCACAUGGUGAUUCACAGGAAAAUAACUGUAGGUAGAAAGAGUAAGGCAUGGAAAGUAUAGUAGGGCAGGAUGACAACAGUAAUACUUAAAAUCAUUGUAAUUCAGUCAUUGAAUUUCAAAUCCUAGCAUACUCAGCAUUUCCUUUAUUUAAGGUCAGACAUUCUUACAUGCUUGGUUUCAUACAAGACAAUGCUGAUUUCUGAUGCAAGUACAUGCUAUAUGAUAAGCAUUGUGGUGUUAUGAGUUAAGCUUAUGGAGAAGGACCCUGGAUUUUCAAAGUAAAUAAGACAGAAUAAAAUGUACUAUUUUCAGUUAGACAAAACCACUGUAUAUAAGUAAUAAUAACCAUAGUAGCCUGGCUAUUACUGUAUCAAAAGGGAAGAACCCCAUUCUGUUCCUCCAUAUUGUCUUUUCACCAGAUUUUUAUUAACUUACCUAGGUCAUUAUCCCGGUUAUUAGUUCUAUCAGUGAUGGCUUUUGCUUCUCACAGGAAUGACUCUCGGUUCAGUCCUCAAUAGCAGCAAGAACUAAAGAAUAAAUACAGAGGUUGCAUAUUCUAGACUGUUGUAGCCAAACACCACUACCAAACAAGAAUUUAUAAUGUGCUUAUCAAAAAAAAUAUAAUCAUUCAUAUUAUUAUAAUAAUAAACCAAGAGUGCUGGAAUACAAGUCAUGGGACUUUGAGGUGUAAUAUUCUUAUAGUGCACAAGAUCUAUAAAUAUCCUGUAUAAUAUAUCAUUAUAGAUGGUAACCAUUGAUGUCACAAAUUACAAACAAUGCUUAGUAAUGUUACUUUUCUCAUAACUUAAAACUUGUAUAUUAUAAGAAAUAUUGCACCCCCUGUUUUAAAUUCUAAGGAUAUUAGAAGUUAACUUGAAGCUCCAUACCUGGAUAAAAACAAAUGGCCUGGGUCAUCAUGCCAUAUGGCCGUAUGGCAUGCAUGUGUUAUGACAAAAGCAACAUUACUAAGCACUGUUUGUAAUUUGACAUAAAUGGGUACCACUUAUAAUGAUAUAUUAUACAAGAUAUUUAUAUAUAUAUAUAUAUAUAGGUAUGCUAUUUCUUGGAAUACACAUUUCAAUGGCUUAGGUUACACAAGUGACAUCACCGCACCCAUUAUAUAAUUGUAUCUUACUGGGUAUUUCAUUCUUUGUCUAUUUUUAAAUCCAAACAUUUUAUUUGUACAGAUUUAGAAAUGUAUUUGAUAUUACUAAAUUGUCAAUGUAAUACACAUUCCUGACCGAAAUCUGACAUAUUUCAAGUAUAUGUAAUUCUUAUUAGUUCUACAGAAAAUAUUUUCUUACUUAUGGGAAUUUUCUUAUUGUUUAAUGGCUCAUUUGUAUUCCUAAAGUGUAAAUGUCAUGUAGCACCGCUCUGCAAUUAUCCAAUGCCUAUGCAAAUAUGUUCCCAGUAUCAAUGGCUAUAGAAAUUCCAGCUCAAGAUAAAUGUUUCACUUUGAGGGAUAUAACUGACUGUAUCAUAUUAUUAGCACAAAUGUAACAUUCCAAAAUAAAAUCUAUCAUUAGUGCCAUUUUCCCAAGAA